AUGAAUAUGAUAUACGUUAAUUAGGCUUAAAAACCUAAAUAGUCAAUAUCAAAAAGAUCUUCAAGUGGCACUAACAGAUCACCAUUUGUUAAAACUCAAUAAGAAUAACAUAAAAAGGAGUCAAUUCCAAUAAGAUAAGAAUAAAUUUAUAAAAAAACUUGUGAAGAUCUAAGACAAAAAAUAAAAACAUUCAAUUAAUUAUAAAGAUGCAAUAUUAUACUCUUUGGCCCAAGUGGUUCUGGAAAAUCGUCUUUAAUUAGAACAUUUAAUACUAGUUUAAAUUAAAUAUAAACAUUACCAUAAAUGUUAUGUAUCAAAGACUUAUUACAUAAUGAAGGAACAAAACAUUUUUAAAGCAUAAAUUUAGUGUAAUCAGCUGAAAAUAAGAUAUUUUCAAAAAAGAAUUCUUAUUUAAUUUAAAAUUGUGAAAUCAACGUUCUAGACACUCGAGGAUAAAUACACUUAAGUUUAAAAGAAAAUAAACAAGUGGAGCUUAUGUUAGAAGGGAAAGUAAAAAAUAUGAGUUUGGUUGAAUAGAGAACUUAUAGGUAUGCUUAUAAAUUGUGGGAAUUUUGGAAAUAAGAUUCUGAACUUUUCCCUUAAGAAAUUAUUAGUUGUGGAACCUUCAUCCCUCAUUAGAUUCUAAUAGUUUUUGAUGGCAGUUUAGAUAAGGUACCUAAUGGGAAAGAAGAAACUGAAUUUUAUUAACAAAUUCUUAAUCUUGUUAAAUAAAAGGGUUAUGACAAUCCAUUCAUAAUUUUAACAUAAUUAGAUAAAUUGGAAUGUAAAUUCAAAAAUCAUGAUGAUUAUUAAAUAUAUAUUGAUUGCAGAAUAGAAUCAAUAGUUUAAUCUUUAAAAAUUCCAAGGGAAAGUGUAUUUUUCAUUGAAAAUUAUCAUGGAUAGUAAUAAAGUGGUGAACUUGAUUAUUAAGCUUUAAGGCUGAUGUAUGAAUGUUUAUAAUAAGCAUCUAAAUAUCAUAUUUAAAGUGUCGAAUGUAAAUUUUUUUGA